UAAAUUCCACUACCUUUCCCCACUUCAUACCAACUCAACUCUUUCUUAGCAAACUUUUUAUUUUCUCUCAUUUUUUUCUUCUAAUUUCUAAAUGAUAUAAAAAAAAAAAUUAGUUAAUCCUCAAAAAGUUUUUAUUUUCUUUCUUUUUUUCCUAAGUUAUAUAAGUUAUUUUUGUGUUUUUUUGGUCAUGGAAGAUAGUUCAUACAAAAAUCUAUUUUUUCAUAAACAAGAAGAUUCCACCGGAACUCCACCGGAUAAUGCUGCUGAUUCUUGUUUUUCCGGUGAUGAAGCGGCGGAAGUUAGCAUGCCAUCACCUAGAAAAAGGAGAGGAGCAAAAAAGAAAGUAAUUUCAGUGCCAAUAAUUGAAGGUGAUGGAUCAAGAAGUAAAGGGGAAGUUUAUCCACCACAAGAUUCUUGGUCUUGGAGAAAAUAUGGACAAAAACCAAUUAAAGGAUCACCUUAUCCCAGGGGAUAUUAUCGAUGCAGUAGCUCCAAAGGCUGUCCCGCCAGAAAACAAGUCGAGCGUAGCCGCCUGGACCCCACCAUGCUUCUCAUUACCUAUUGCUCCGAACACAAUCACCAAAUCCCGGCCGCCGCCGCCGCCAAACACCACCAUCAGAACCACCCUACUACCACCACCAGUUCACCCACUACCUCUACCGGCACCGCCGGAGAUAAUAAUGCAACGGCGGCUGUAGCCACGGACUCUACCGUAGUAGACAAAUCAUCUCCCGAAGAACCAGAUCUAUUUGCUUAUCAACAUGAUAAUGGAUUUUCAGAGCUCGCCGGUGAGUUAGGUUGGUUUUCCGAUAUGGGAACAACAACUACGUUUAUGGAGAGUACGUCGUCGUCCAUGGCGGGAUCCACGUGGAACGACAGUGACGUGGCGUUAAUGUUGCCGAUUCGGGAGGAGGAUCAGUCGUUGUACGGUGAUCUCGGUGAAUUGCCGGAAUGUUCAGUUGUUUUCCGGCGGUACAGUGUGGAAACUCCCUGCUGCGGAGGUACAGGAUAACAAAUCAUUUGUCAAUUUUUCACUGAAAUUGCCAUACGAAUUUUUAUUAUUUUUUAAUUAUCUUCCUCACUUUUGGUUCCACGUUCUUCGUGACCCUUUUUUUAAUUUUAUUUUUAUGUAAAGAUCUGGUAGAUUAAAAAAAAAAAAAGAAAUAUACUUUGAUUUGAUUUUUACUUGAAGCCAUUGAGCUUUUGUAAUUUUUACAAUAAAUUAUAGUCUAAAUUUGAAGAUUA